UCAAACGUGGGGGAUGGACGGAAAUCAGGAUCUAAACGGAUCAUCAUAAAUAAGCGCAAGCCAAGGCAACUGAUUUCAAUUUGUAAUCACUCUCUGUGAUUCCAAGACUAAAAGAUUCUUCUUUUCAAGAUUCUUUCGAUUCCCUUGCCACAACCCCCUUUUUUUUAUUUACUAUCCUUCGGUUUUCUGUCAUUCUCUAUUAUUACACGGUUGCCAGGAAUCUCUGCAACGUCUUUCGUUCUUAAAAACCUAAACUUUGGACUCCAUAGCCCACGCCCAUCCGGAUAAAGAGGAAGCAUCUUCUAGUAUUUUAAUGGAGAUCUGGGUGGCUCGGUCAUACACAUUUUUGCAUCCUUUUGCUUUGUAGUUUGUGGAUCCUCAGAACGACUUUUUAUCAGUCUUUUGAUCUUCUUUUGAUGAGUUUGCUUUACAAGCGACCUGAUGGUUAUAUUGAAAUCCUAGAUUCAGCUCCUCAUUUAGAGUAUAAUGAAGGAAUAGACAUGACUGUUGCUGAUGGAAGUGAGCCUCCAAAGAGGCUUGAGGGGAAAUUUCUUGCCAACAUAGUAUGUUGGAUUCUGGGACUUGGGUCGCUUAUCGCCUGGAACAGUAUGCUGACAAUAGAAGAUUACUACUAUGAGUUGUUCCCGGACUACCAUCCUUCAAGGGUACUUACCCUAGUUUAUCAACCGUUUGCUCUGGGAACGAUGGUAAUACUGGCAUAUUAUGAGUCCAGGAUCAACACCAGAAAGCGGAACAUAGCCGGAUACGCAAUCUUCACUCUAAGUACUUUCUCGCUUAUAGUUUUGGAUUUAGCAACAUCAGGGAAAGGUGGAGUAGGACCUUUUGUUGGUAUAUGUGCAAUUGUCGCUUGUUUUGGGCUUGCAGAUGCCCAUGUCCAAGGUGGAAUGGUUGGAGAUCUAUAUUUCAUGCGCCCUGAAUUCAUCCAGUCCUUCUUUGCUGGUUUGGCCGCAUCAGGAGCACUAACUUCUGCUUUGAGGCUAAUCACGAAAGCAGCCUUUGAUAAAGCGAAAGAUGGUCUUCGCAAGGGAACCAUGUUGUUUCUGGCGAUCUCCACAUUCUUUGAGUUUAUAUGCAUUCUGCUAUAUGCAUAUAUCUUCCCUAAACUAGCGAUAGUGAAGUACUAUCGCUCAAAGGCAGCCUCAGAAGGAUCAAAAACAGUUUCAGCUGAUCUAGCAGCUGCUGGAAUCCAGACACAGGAAACCCAAGCUGAAGAUAGAUUAAGCAACAAACAAUUAUUGUUCCAGAACAUAGAUUAUGCACUUGACCUUUUUCUCAUAUAUGUUCUGACACUGUCAAUAUUCCCGGGGUUCUUAUACGAAAACACUGGAGAACACAAGUUGGGCGAAUGGUAUGCGCUUGUUCUGAUUGCAAUGUACAAUUCUUGGGAUCUGGUAGGGAGAUACGUUCCUCUCAUAAAAUGCAUCAAAUUAGGCUCCAGAAAAGGACUUAUGAUCGCAAUUCUGUCACGUUUCCUGCUCAUCCCUGCAUUUUACUUCACCGCAAAAUAUGGUGAUCAGGGUUGGAUGAUAUUUCUCGUCUCCUUCUUGGGAUUGACUAACGGUUAUCUAACUGUGUGUGUCCUUACAGUGGCACCUAAAGGCUACAAGGGACCUGAGCAGAAUGCUUUGGGUAAUUUGCUGGUAAUAUUUCUACUGGGCGGCAUAUUUGCAGGGGUUUCUCUUGAUUGGUUGUGGCUCAUUGGCAAGAAGAAUGCCUUUUAGAGAAUUGAACUAGGAUUCUAGGAAUUCAGUUUCUCUUAACUUGAACGAAGAUCAUAUUUAUGAACAAUCAUUUGUAAAUAGUUUGCCAUUUCUCUUUUUAUUGGCACUCCCUUUGCUUUAUGUCAUGUUCAUAUAAACUUGUCUAAAAUUUAUUUCCUGCAAAUGAUCAAGAUUCAAGUUGAGCAUUUA